AUGUCAACCCCGCUCCUCGCACAGUUCCCCUCCCUCGCCGCUUACCCUCCAUCUUUCCUCAAGGACCUCCUCUCCUCCCCGGAACUCACCGAGGCAUUCCUCUACUCGCUCCCAGAAGUCCAGGAGCUCGUUGGGGAGGUCGAGCAGCUGGGCCGUGAGAAUGUUGAGCUAGCACAACAAAACCUCGCGCUGCGCGACGAGCUCAUCGCUCUUCGGGACGCAACGGCGCAGUCUUACUCACACGCCGAGGCCCUCAAGGCGCAUUGGGCCGAGCUUGAGAAGACCCAGGCCAACCUGUACCAACGGCAACGGCCAUCGUUCCUGCAUAUGCGCCUGAAGCACAGCCUCACCGCGCAGGACGACGACAGCGAGAAGAUUGCCACGACGUUCAUCGAGGGCCGCACGGACUCACCUGCGGCGGGCGAGAGUGGACGCGAUGCUGCGCUCGACGCGUUCAUCGCCGAGUUCAAGGCCGCGCGUAAGACAUACCACAAGCGCAAUAUUUGGGCUGAGAGGUGGUCACGCGGCGAGGUCGCCUGGCGCGACGACUGA